AUGAUGAGCGACGAAUAUCUCGACAAAUAUCUGCCAGUGAUCGCUUUUGAUGUCGUUAUCGAGGAGAAGAUAAGAAUUGCCAAAAGGGCUGCGACAACGUUACAUAAGCUGCACUAUGUGAUGCAGCAGAUAAAGGAGUGGCGGGACGACAGCGCGAAACUAAAAAGCAAUAUCUGGCGAAUGAAAAUGGCUCUGCGCGCGGAUGAUGACAAUGGGAAUGAUAAUCAGCAAAACGAUCUUUUGAUUGUGCAUCAGAAGGCAGAGAUUAGUCGAUUGGAGCAGGCGAAGGAUGCUUUGGAGAAUGAAGUGACGAGCUUGAGGCAAGUUUUGAUGAAAACUAAGGAAGAUAUCACGCGUAUCAGCGUCUGCGAAUUAGGGAACGAGAUUAUCAGAAUUGGCGAUGGAUUUUUGUGCGAGAAACAACGUCCGAACGACAACGAGAUCCAGGGUGUUUCGAAAAAAGAGGCCGAGGACAGUUGCGAGACGAGUGUCGCACUCAAUCAACUCAAAAACAAGUUGAGAAAGUUUGCGAUGAGCGAUCGAACGAUCGAGGCGGUGUUCGCGAACGCGAUCGGUAAAAUCGUCGAAACUGUGGUUGGUCUGUCCGAGGAGCUCGUGAACGUCAACGAGUAUCUGUAUAGGUUUAAGGCAAAAAAUAAAAAUCUACAUCACAAAUUAGACCGGCUGAAAGCCAUACUGCGCUCCAAAUGCGGCAGUAGCGCGGAAUAUCGCAAGAAGAUCGGCAAAUUGAACAAACUUGUGCAACAAUUGAUGAGCAAGUUGGAUCGGUUGAAAGUUAUCCGCGAGAAUGCGAAUAGUGUAAACGAGAAUUUCGACGUCGCAGAUAGUCCGGACGUUAUCGGACACGUGGAAAACUUGAUAAAUGAUUUGAGAAACAAUUUGAAGAGUGAUCGCGAGGCGAUCAUUGUCGCCGGCGAUCCAGAUUGUUUGCGAUACAUGAAGAAAGUGAUCGAUUUGAGAGUAAACCUGAAAGUGCUGUUCGUGGAGUUCCAACGGUCGAACGCGCCAAUAGACGAGCAAUCAACGUGCGACAAUGUUCCAUACGAUAAGUAUUUGGUAACAGCCUCGUUAUUCAACGAUUUCUUAAAGAAACUCGACAGCGAAAUUGGAAAAUCGAAGAUGAAACCGAUGGAUGAUAAGUAUUGCAAAAUCGGAGAUGUCAGCGGCUCGCAAUACAUGACGAAAAUCGUGGAACUCGAAGACAUCGUGAGAAAAUCGGUCGCGGUAAUCGCCGUUGUAAAACAGACUCCGUUCAGAAUGAUUAACGUGAACGAGAAGGACAAAAUAGAGGAACUCGAGAACUUGAUUGAGCGAAUGUACUGUAAGGUGAAGAAUCUUGAAUUUUUCGACGAUCGCGCGAGUUUACGCGAGAAAAUCGAACAACUCGAAACUUUGGUCGCGCGUUUGAAACUGGAAUCGGCGGAGAAGACGGAGCGUGAGAACGCGCUGAGCGGCGAAUGCAAAAGCGUACGAUCGACUUUAGACUGCGAUCGUAAGAAGUACGAGAGGAUUAUUGCCAUUAUGCGCGAGGAGAACGUUAGUUUGCGAGAGAACAUAAUGAAACGGGAACAAGAGAUAUCGACGCGCGAACGCGAACGUUCCGAGCAACGCGUCACGGAAGUGCAACUGAUGAAAACCGAAAUUGAUGCGGUGAGACAAAAAUUGCAGAGCCUUCACGAUGACAAAGAGACGCUAUUAGGAGAAGCGGAAGGGAUGCGUAAUAUUCUCCGCGAGAGAGACAAGGAAAUUGAGAAUAUUAUUACCCAACGGGACGCGCUGGCGGAAAUCCUCAGGACUGAGGUGGAGGAGCUGAGGAUGAAACUUGAGAUCGCUUCCGACGAAAAUGUGAAACUGAAAAGUAUAAUUGAGGUACUUGGCAACCGGAAGGUACGGCCGGACAAAUUGAAAAGUUCAGAAGAGAAAGAGAACGACCGUGAUAAUAGCGAGCGUUAUUCGCGGAGUUGUCCGCGAAAUAAUCAGCAGGCGGAUGAAUUGGAAGCAAAAGAGGAAAGAUCGGAGAAAGACGAUAGCAACAAAUAUACUGCGCUGCAGGAUCAAGUUAAGAAAUUCACGUUCGAGUGUGAAGGCCUUCGAGAGAAGAUAAGCGAGCGCGAAGCUGCCGCGGAGAAUUUCAAGUUGGAGCUGGAGCGAACACGAACGGAGCUCGAAGACGCGGUUGUAGAAGUGGCGCGUCUGCGAGCAGAGAACUCGAGAAUCGUCGGCGAUUUGGAUACGCUGUCCGUACGACACACCGAGACUGAAGACCGCGUACGAGUGCUGUUGACUGAAAAGAACGAGCUGGCGACGCGUAUUAAUGUGCUCGAUGAUGAGAACGUCGCUCUGCAGGAGCGGUUGAAUAAAGCGAGAGCGGAAAAUGAAUAUCUUUCCAUGGAAUUGAAUAAAUCAAGAGUCGAUAAUGACGAAGCGAGAGCGCAAAACGCUCUUCUUCGAGUUAUCUGCGACGAGAGAAAGUGCGAAAUGAAUCCGGAGAGAGACGACGCGAGCGUCGGCAGAAUGUUUGGUGUCGAUCAGCUGGGAACCCAGAACGCCAAGCGCGCGUCUUACGGCGAAAAUAACGAUCAAUGCAGAAAUCACUUAAGGAAGAUCUAUGUGCGAGACCAACCUGAGAAGGACGUGCGCGGAUUCGCGGACGUUUGUAACGAGAUUACAUACAAGCAGGAUUGUUCGGAUGCCACGCGUACGAACGUAAAGGUCGAAAUUGGCAAGGAGCGGCGGGACGGCGAAACAGUACUCAAAGUAGAAUCUGAUACAUGUGCCGGCCGUGAUAACAAAGCGAAGAUCAAAGACACGCCGAAGGCUGAACUAAAGAGCUCGGAAGCCAACAAUAAGGCUUUGAAACUAAAGCGAGCGAAUUUGAGGUUCGAAAACUCCGGGAUUACGAUGGAACUUGCUCGCACAAAAGACAGAUCGGAGAAUUCGCCGCUGGUUUCGACGAAUAGACCUAAUAACGAAGAAAUCAUCGAUCCGCGCUUGAGAACAUUUCCGAUCGUAAAUAUCGAUCACGAGAAAAAGAUGAGCGAUUAUCCCGAUGAUUUUCCAAUGACAUACAAAGAUAAAACAGAUUAUUCCACGAUAGUCGAUAUCGAUCGGCUCGUGGCCGAGAAUAAGACGCUGAAGCUGGAAGUAGGUAUUCUGCGUGGCAGUCUCGAUUCCAGUCGGACGGAUAGCGAGAAAACUAAGAUCGACCUUCGUACAGCGACGGACGAGAUUCAGGCUUUGAAACUCGAGCUGAUGAAUCUGAGAACCGAGAAGGCGGCGCUGAGGUCACGAUUCGAGAUGUUGAAGGAAGAAUUGAAUGAACUGAAAUCCGAGAGGACGGCCUUAAAAGAUGAGCUCGCCGCUUCGAGGAAGUCGAACUUCAAUCUUCGACUCAAAGCGAACGAUCUACGAUGUGCCAACGAAAGAUUGAAAGAGACAAACACAGGAUUGCAGAGUCGGUUGCAGGACGCAUUGACGCGGAUGAAUGAUUACAUCGCGGUAUUGGACGAAAGAUUCAAAAAUAACGUUGAAAGCGCGUUAAACAGUGGUUUGGAAAAGUACAAUCUUGCAAAAAGAAAUUUGCGCGCACUCGCCAAGCGACUGAAUCAAAACGAGUGCGUCCUGGACAAGAGUCUUGGGCCGCAAACCGUCCAAGAGAAUCUACAACAUAUAGAAGGACACAAAUAA